CUUCGGCGUGUUCGAGUCGCCUCCCGCGGUACGCUGAUAAACAAACGUGUUUCGCGUCCUGAAACUUGACAAAUCAUAUUUCUCCCCUCGAAAUUUCUGAACUGUGCCGCAGAAAAACCUACUCCUUCGAUUCUCAGUGAGUGUUGUGUCACAGUGAUUUACCAAGACAUCCUGAGACCACAAGAAAUCCUGCGAGGGUGUUUCCGUUCUCCUUGCAAAAACACGUGUGGUUCACGACAGAAUGUGUUGAUAAGCUAACACUAGCCGGCUAGUAUUCGGGAAUCGUGCGUGUAUUUAUGUGCUGUUUCGUAUAACUUUCGGUCAUUUGAUCGCGUAUUAUUGUUUUACAUUAUCUAUCUUUUACGCCGUCUGGUAGUUUCACAGUGAUAGUGAAGCAAGCAUUUUGGAUCUUCUCAAAUUACUUUACACGAUCCCUUGACCCUGCAAAUCCUUAUCUGCAGGCCUAUAAUAGAGCUUACCCUAAAGCUAAUCAUUAUCAUCGUUGUUAGUGGUGCAAUCAUCGGUUUCUCAUUUAGCCCAAACCAUUAAAUCUUUCAUGUCGGUAUGACAACAAUAACCUACUCGUGAAUAUUUUGGAUCAUUGUUUACUUUUGCCGUGCGAAUUUUCCAUAGUGCUUGUGUGUGCGUGAGUGCUUUCAGUUUCGAACCCUUCCUUCGAUUUCAAUCCAUUCGUCGACUAGUCAUACAAACCGUGCUACUCACUCGUUCAAUCGCGUAUUCUCAUCUUCGUUCUGUUCUUAUCUAAUCAGAGAUUUUCGAUCUAAUCGUAAAUGCACUUUUUGAGGCAUAAGCCGUGCUACAAAUACUACAUCCCCGAUGUGUUUUCCUCACGUAUUCCUUCGUAUAGAAUGCCAUAGUUUCACUGUCAUUCAGUCGCGAGAUUCUCAUUGAAUCUGAUAGUUGAUUACCGUGCUAAUUUCACUCCCCCGUCCGAAAGACGAAUGUUUGCAAGUUAAGGGUUUCUAACCCUCAAAAUUCAUAAUAGCCAUCGUGUACAGUAAACCCGUUGACCUAGACCCUUCCAAGAUGGCGGAAGAAGAGAAACCCGACCCGCACACCGAGUCGCCCCCUGAGCCUGCCGAGCGCCCCUCCCGUUCGGCGCGGAACCCCGAAAAACACCGUCCGACCAGAAGUGCGUCCGUCCUGGAGACGAAGCCGACCCGACCGGCCAGGAACAAAUCGGUGUCGGUGACCGAGCCGCGAACGGUGCGUUUGUGUCGAACAGCCACCGUCCUGGAGACGAAGACCCUGGGGCCCCCGCGGGCCGGUGCCGGGGACGACAGGGCCCAGACCCUGGUGCGCCCCUGCAAGAGCGCCUCCGUCUCGGACGCCCCGGGCAAGACGGCCAAGCCGCGGAAACUGGCGCGGAAGCUGUCGCGGAGGUUGUCCAUGGUCGCCAAAAUGCCGGCCCUCUUCAACUCGAAGCAGAUCAAGGGCGAGCUCGGAUUCCCGAAACGAUCCAGGAACAUCGAGAUCGUCGCUAUCGCCCCCGAUAAGACUCAGCGAAAUCUGGUGGGGUCGGCAAGUCAAACGAUCGGACACAUCGUUUCGAAGAUCAUCGACGAAUUCAAAAUCAAGGAUCUCGGCCUGAGCCUGGGGGGCUCGAGGGCGCAGGUGGACCCACACGCCUUCGUCAGCCUCCUCGAGGGAGACAUCUUGGUCAUCGAGGACAGAACUCCCUCUUGGGAUCCCAAAGGAGACGAGGACCGUUUGUUCCGUUUGACGGAGCAGCUAGUGGCCGGAGAACGAAGCUUUGAGACGACUCUCCGCUCUGCCAAAGAAAUUUAUGCCGGCUCAUCGCACCGUCUCGAAUUUUUCAUCGAGGAGGAUUACAGACUCAUUUUCGACAACGUCUCUGACCUCGCCGACGCCUCCCACGAAUUUUCGCAACAGAUGGCAGAUGUCUUGAAAAACUGGGAAACUGACGCUAAACAAAUCGGUCAAAUUUUCAAAGAUAAAUACCUGGACCAGUUUGAUGCGUACCUGAACGAAUACGGACAAAUACGAAGAGUGCUUCAAGAAAAAUAUCUGAGCGACGAUGAAUUUCUCGAGUACCACAAAUUCCGUCAAGGCGCCACCUUGCUGAGGCUUGAGGACAUCCUUCAAUUACCGGUGCAAAGACUGACUCAAUACGAAGAGUACCUGACAAACCUGCUCGAUGAUCCCCGAACAGAUCAUGACGAUACCACCACCGUCAGGACCCGCGUCAACCAGGCUGUAAAACGGCGUCAAGAAGAGAGCAAUUUUGAGCGGUUUCAAGACUUGUUUCCGUCCGAUUCACUGCGCCUUUAUGACCGAGAUGUUCUAACUAUGGGAGUUCAGAGCCCGGACAGACACUUGUUUCUCCUGGACGACCUGCUCCUGGUGACUAAUUCUCGGUCCAACCUCAAGGAAAAAGAUCGGAUGUCUGAGUUGUGGCUCACGAAAAGCGCCAUGGGUGACGUCACCAAACUUGGCAGGUCCCCGGACACCUCCUUUGUCAUCGGCUGGCCCUCCAACAACGUCGUCGCCACCUUCAGGUCUGCCAAAACUCCUGACUCCGAUAUCAAGAAGAAGAAGAGUCCUGGACGGAUGAAAAUAGGGCAGAUAUUUCGCCGCAGUCACAGCAAAGAGAAUCCUGGGUGCUUAUUCGGAUUACCGCUGACCAAAAUUGUUGACGGUGAUGAACUUCCUAGGCCAGUCAUGGCGAUGCUGCAGCAGAUUCAUUCGAAAGGGCCGUUCACGCAAGGGAUCUUCCGGAAGUCAGCCAACGCCAAGCUGGUCAGGGACCUGCGAGACAAGCUAGAUUCCGGCGAAGAGGUGAUCUUCGAGCACGUGCCUGUCCUUGCCACUGCGGCCCUCCUCAAGGACUUUCUCCGCUCCCUGCCUGACCCGCUCCUUGUCUCUGCCCUCUACUCACAGUGGAAGGCCGCCCUAGAUACCCCCAAUAUUCACCAUAAAUUACUUAGGCUUAAAGGUGUUCUCCAACAAUUACCGAGACCCAACUACAUUCUACUCAGUCAUUUCGUUUGUGUGCUCCAUCACAUUGCUCGGAGAAGUUCUCAGAACCUCAUGUCAGCAAGUAACUUAGGAGUUUGUGUAGGGCCAUCUCUUUUAUGGAGUAACAAUCCUCACACCCCAGAUCUGCGAACGAUCCCUGCCUUAGUCGAGUGUUUGAUUACCCAUUGUGAGAUUCUCCUUGGCUCACAAGUGCCCCAACUUCUAGGGGAUCCUCGAGAUUCUGGCACUGAAGAAUCUGAUUCUCUGAGAAGGGAUGAUUCCUCUAUUGAUAGUUUAGAAUGUAGUCCUCCCCCUCGGAAAGACAAGAUUUCAUUAAGCAGAGAUUCAGGCCUCACGAUGUCGGACUCUCAGCUUUACACCCCAGAUGAGGAAGAAAGUAGUUCUAGCUCCAGUGGAUAUGAUCCAGCAUUCGAUCAACAUGCAAAGGUGACGACAGCUCUGUCGAUGCCCAAUGAGUAUGUACGAGUGUACGGUGGCUGGGAAGAAAGACUGAAUCCUAACUUUCAGCGGCAGGCCUGGUUCAGGCAGAGGUCUCGAAGGCUUCACUCAACGUCAAAACAAGCGGAAAAAGCCCGCAACAACCACCUGAGCAAUAACAACAACAGCAACAACACUCACAACCAUAAUCACCAACCAGUCAUGGCCUUCAGUCCUGGUGAGCAGUAUUACCCUGCUAGGGAGCAAAGGAACCAUUUGGAGCCGGUUGAGCCGGUCGAAUAUGAUGACUCAAGCACUCUAUCAGAUGAUGACUGUACACCUCAUAUCUCUAGAUCAAAUUCUCGGAGCAACGAAGUCACCACCAAGUUGCGGCACCUACCACCGGUUCAUGUAGACACAUGUUAUGUACGGAGCCGGCUGAAACAAAAGGAGGACACGCCCGCCCACCGAUCUAAGUCGCUACCCCCACCACCUCCCUACCGCCCGCCUCCACCGGUGAAUGGUAGGCGUCCCAUAACGACAUAUCAUUUAGGCGAUAAUCAAAGGCAGAUGUAUUUCGUUCCAAGAACUUUUGUUGAUGAAGAGUCAUAUGUCUGAUUUUUCAAUUGUUGUCAAAUGAUCAAGUGACGCUGUCUCUUUUUUUCAUUUAAUUUGGUUUCUCAUUUUUGUCAGCUUGACUAUCAAAGCAAGAAUUACUGUUACAAUAUUGAUAGCAUUGCCUCUAUCAUUAUAGCUUACCCAUUUUAAGUACCUAAUUGUCUUGGUUCAACUGUGGUUUACUUAUUCAAUAUGUCUUAAAAAAGAAAUUGGGAGUUAAUGUUGGCAGAUAAACUACCCACUAGAAUUCUGCUGAUGGAAGUUUCUGAUGUUAUUUUCAGUACAAAGACCUGUUAAUUUAACUUACUUUAUUUUUAAUUUUCUAAAAUCAAUGAAGCACAUUGCCUAUUGACACAAGAAUACAGUAAAAGUAAUGUUUUCCCCUCUGGAUUAAUUACAAGCAAUGUAAGCUUGUCGCAUUUAAUUUGGAUUCCCCAUUUUAUGUCUGUUUUCAUAAUUCCUCGCCGAAGAAAUUAAAUUCUUGCAGUUCUUUUACAUCCUGAAGACUGAGUCCACAUUAUUGGGUGUAUUUUUAAAAUUUAAAAAUAGCAUUCUAUAAUUUUUGGUAAAAGGUACUGCUAAUUUUCUUCCUUCAUGUAAUUGAAAAAUUAGAUUAAAGGAAGUUGGUGACAGCAGCAGCCCUUUUUAAUCCCGGUGUGUCUUCCGCAUGUUUGAUUCGAUUAUCGCACAGAAAAAAUUUUUAUAUUCACAAGGUGGCAUGAGGGACAUUUUGAACCAAUUUGGUUGGUUUGCUUAGGCAGGGAACAAAAUAUUCGACAACGCUUGAGUUUGAAUAGUGCAUGUCCCUAGUACUUUGAAGUAUUGGCAUGAUCAGAAGAUAUAAGGAGUUAAAUAAUUGUCUCUGCCUGACCCGAUGAACCAAAUUCAAUUGUACUCUGUGCCUGCCUUGUCAACCAACAUUGUUCCUCCAUUUAAUUUCUAUCAAUGCCUUGAAGACUGUUCUUUUAACUUAUAAUACUCUCAUUGUCAGAUCCCCUGUUUUAAGGCACGAUCUCAUUACUCAAGAUUUACUUAUGGUUAUCCCCUCCUUAGAAAAAUAUAUCAAUGCUUUUUCAAGAAAAAAAAUAAAGAAAAGUAAAUUUAAUUCCACUGAACUAAUAGAGAAAAGGAAUGUCUUUAUUUCCUCUGUUUACUGACUGAGCCAGACUGAACACAAAUAUUUCCAGUUUUUGUUUUUUGUUUAUUAAUGAUUAUCCGUUUUUCUUUUUGCUAACUCAUCUCUUGAAUACAGAAUGAGAAAGCAAAACUAAAAAUGAAUUCGUCACUGACACUGAUCUGCUGUAGGACAACAAAUUUACUAUGACUUCUUUCACUGAAAGUGAAAUUUUUCUUUGAAGAAUAUUGGUGCCUUUUUAUGUGUAACUGUGUAAUUUUCUUCCUGUUUUCAAAUUGAUUUGUACAAUUAGAUGGUUAUUUUUUGAAGCCUUGAAUGGUUUGUUUUUAUUUUUAUGUGUAUGUGUCAUAAUACGGAUACUGUCUGAUUAAGGAGUCUUGACUCGAAAUCUACCAAAUCUAAAAGAUGUUUUCGAAGAUAGUAUUGUGUAGUUAGCAAGCAUUUGAAAUGGCCAUUAUUGAUUUUCAGUUUUUACCAUGUAAUCAAGUAAAUAAAAAUAUGUACAUACAUCUCAAUGGAGAAGAAAGAAAAAACUCUUUGUAUGAUGUAAAUAGUAUCAGGAAGGUUCAGUCAUUUUUUGUUGAUUAACAUUGUCCCCAUGUUACCAAAAAAGUAUUAGUUGUAAAGCAUUGAAUA